AUGUCCAACCCAGUUCUACUAGGGGUCUACCCUAACCACAGCCAAGAGCUUCAGCCUCCAUCUGCACCGCCGUCUGCACCGCCGUCUGCUCACUCCGAAACACCCUUCAUGGAAUCAGAGAAGUACCAGAAGCAGUACCCACUGAGCUUCCGCGAUCGUCUCCGCCAUUUCACAUGGGCAUGGUACACCCUCACCAUGAGCGCAGGAGGCCUCGCCCUUCUUAUAGCGAACCAGCCGAACAAGUUCACAGGCUACCACGAGAUCGGCCUAGCCAUCUAUCUGAUCAACCUCGUCCUCUUCUCCCUCGUCUGCUCUCUCAUGGCAGCGCGAUUCAUAAUCCACGGCGGCGCCCUCAACUCCCUCCGCCACGAACGCGAGGGCCUCUUCUUCCCAACCUUCUGGCUCUCCGCCGCAACACUGAUCACCGGCCUGGAGAAGUACUUCGGCGAGAACCCCGCCCCAUCCUUCACAGCCACACUCGAAGUCCUCUUCUGGAUAUACUGCUUCUGCACAUUCACUCUCGCCGUUGUACAAUACUCCUUCGUCUUCACCUCGCACACCUACCGCCUGCAAACAAUGAUGCCCUCGUGGAUCCUCCCCGCGUUCCCAAUUAUGCUAAGCGGGACGAUCGCGUCUGUAAUCGCCAAAAGCCAGCCCGCGCGCGCAGCAAUCCCAAUCGUCACUGCCGGAAUGACCUUCCAAGGUCUAGGCUUCUGCAUCUCCUUCAUGAUGUACUCGCACUACAUCGGCCGGCUGAUGGAGAGCGGACUUCCAUGUCGGGAACACAGACCGGCGAUGUUCAUCUGCGUUGGACCACCAGCGUUCACCGCGCUUGCUCUCGUGGGUAUGGCGCAGGGACUGCCUGCGACGUUCAACGUGAUGGGCAGUGAGGACACUACUGCCGACGGGCGGAUGCUGGAGAUUCUGGCGUUGGCGGCAGGCGCGUUCUUGUGGGCGCUGAGCUUUUGGUUCUUCUGUGUCGCUGCUAUUGCGGUUAUUCGGGCGCCGCCGACGAGCUUCCAUCUCAGCUGGUGGGCGAUGGUUUUCCCGAAUACUGGGUUUACGAUUGCGACCAUUACGCUUGGAAAUGCGUUUGACAGCUCCGCGAUUAAGGGCGUUGGCUCUGCGAUGACUAUCUGCAUCGUCUGCAUGUUCCUCUUCGUCUUUGUCAACCAUGGUCUUGCAGUCUAUCGCCAGGAUAUUAUGUAUCCUGGUAAAGAUGAGGAUACCUCGGAUUGA